AUGGACGCGGCUUACAAGAGGAUCAACGGCGACCACGGGCAGGAUGACGAGCCGGAGCGGCCAGAAAAAGGAAAGCGGCGCGGCUCCAUGUACCUGGAAGAGGAGACCAGCAAGAAGAGCGAGGUGGUCUCCUGCAUCUUCUCCUUAAAGGAGGAAGUGGGCGCCUUGGCCCGAGCGCUCAGACUUUUUGAGGAGAAGGGCAUCAACCUGAUGCACAUCGAGUCGCGUCCCUCGCGCAUCAGUAAGGAGCAGUACGAGUUCUUCAUCAGCGUGGACCCCGGCUGCUCCGAGGCCCUGGACGAGGUCAUCGACGGCCUGCGCACGCAGAUAAGCGGCCAGGUGCACGAGCUGUCCCGCAACAAACAGAAGGACACCGUGCCUUGGUUCCCCAACGACAUUCAGGACUUGGACCGCUUUGCCAACCAGAUCCUCAGUUACGGCUCGGAGCUGGAUGCCGAUCACCCGGGCUUCACUGACCCAGUGUACCGGACUCGCAGGAAGGAGUUCGCCGACAUCGCCUACAACUACAGACAUGGCCAACCCAUCCCUCGGGUGGAGUACACAGAGGAUGAAAAGGCAACAUGGGGAACCGUAUUCAAAGAGCUAAAAACCCUUUACCCGACUCACGCCUGCCGUGAGCACAACCGAGUCUUCCCCUUGCUGGAGAAGUACUGCGGCUACAGGCAGGACAACAUCCCGCAGCUGGAAGAUGUUUCCCGGUUCCUGCAGUCCUGUACCGGUUUCCGGCUUCGCCCCGUGGCCGGCUUGCUCUCUUCCCGCGACUUCCUCGCCGGCCUCGCCUUCCGCGUCUUCCAUUCCACGCAGUACAUCCGCCACGGCUCCCAGCCGACAUACACGCCCGAGCCCGAUAUCUGCCACGAGCUCCUGGGGCAUGUCCCGCUCUUUGCCGAUUCCAGUUUUGCCCAGUUUUCCCAGGAGAUCGGUCUUGCUUCUCUUGGCGCACCGGAUGAGUACAUAGAAAAGCUAGCGACAGUCUACUGGUUCACCGUGGAGUUCGGGCUGUGCAAGCAGGGCUCUGAGAUCAGAGCGUUCGGAGCAGGCUUGCUGUCAUCAUUCGGAGAGCUGCAGUACUGCUUGACAGAAAAGCCAAAACUGCUUCCCUUUGACCCCGAAAAGACCAGCGUUCAGAAAUACCCGAUCACCGAGUACCAGCCCAUCUACUUUGUGGCCGAGAGCUUUGAAGAUGCAAAAGACAGAGUCAGGAAGUUUGCCGGCACCAUCCCCCGACCCUUCACUGUGCGCUACAACCCGUACACCCAGAGCGUGGAGGUGCUGGACAACACCCAGCAGCUCGGCAACCUGGCCGACAGCAUCAAGAGCGAAAUGGGGAAAUUGUGCGAAGCCCUACAGAAAUUGGGGUGA